UAAGAAAAUCACGAGGUUCGGCAUGACGCAAAGUAAGGAGUACCAAUCGGUGAAUAUUACUCGGAUCUUUAUGAAAAUGGUCGGGCUCUGGUACGUCGAGACACCGAAGGAUCGGCUGCUCCUGCGCGCUGCCUUCGGCUAUGCCAUUUGGGCGAUCGUCUUCGCCAUUCUAGUAAUGGGCGUUGAUCUGUAUCACUGCUUAGGUGACUUUUACGCUGUUACAACCAACUUAUGUGCAACUUUGCUUUUGGUAAUGGUACUAGUGAAGCUAGGUAGCUUCAUGUUCUAUCGCGACAAAAUAAUGAACUUGAUUCAUUUUGCUGAGAGAAAUUUUUGGAAUGCCACUCACGGCGAGACUGACACUCAAAUUUUGGAACAAUACGACAAACUAGGGAUGUUUUUGAUCUACACUUUUACAUUCAUCGUUACCGUCGCGACAUUCAAUUAUAUCUUCGCACCUUUCUUUGAGCCUCAAGAAAAGAAUGAAACGAAGAAGAUUCUACCCUUCAAGCUGUGGUUCGAUUUUCCAUAUCACUCACCGUACUACGAAAUCACGUACGUUAUACAGUCACUCUCGACAAUUCAUUCGGGCAUCUGUACUUUUUGCUUCGACAAUUUUGUGAGCACGUUCAACAUCCACGCGGCCGCGCAGUUGAAUAUCUUGGCUCAUAGAGUGAAAGUCGUCAUCGAGAAUUGUAUCGAGGAUACGAUGGACCAGAAACUUUCACUGGAAACGGAUGCUACGGUUUUGUCAUUCAAGAAAUUGCACAAUUGUAUACAGCAGCACCUCACGCUCAUACGUUACGUGCGUAACAUGCAACGCGUGUUCGCUACUAUGCUGCUCGGACAGUUGCUAUUCUCCAGCGUAAUCAUCUGCUUCGGUGGAUUUCAAAUGCUCGCAGCGGAUGUGAUCAUUAGAAAGUGUAUUUUUGCCUCCUAUUUCGUGGGCGGUGUUCUCCAGCUGCUUAUUUAUACGUGGACGUGUAACGAUAUAAUUGUGCAAAGCACAUCUAUCUCUGACGCCGCUUACAAUUCCAAAUGGUAUCUUUUACCCGACAACAGUCUGGGGAGGUCAGUGAAGAAAGGGCUAAUUAUGAUGAUGAUCAGAGCACGUCGGCCGUGCGAAUUAACCGCUGGGCCUUUCGCUGUUAUGUCCUUGGACCUUUUCACAUCGAUAUUAAGCACAGCGAUGUCAUACUUUACAUUAUUAAGACAAAUGAGCGAAGAUAUGUAGUUAAAAGAUUAAUCCUACAAAAGCGAUUCUCAACACUGAAUUCGGCAAAAUUCCUGAUUAUAUGUAUAUGCCAUGGUUUAAACGAGCAGGUUGAUUUAAUGAGGCAAAUGCUUAAUUAAAUUCCAAAGUAAAAAAAACAAACCUUUUGCAACGCUAGAAUUAUUUCUAUCGACAAAAAUAAAUAAAGAGUCAAGAGAUUGGUAAAAUAAUAGAAGAAUUAAGAGAUUGUUAAAUUUGAUAUUUUAAAAAUUAAAUGAAAUUAUGUCAUAAUUUAUUAAGUAAAAUAUGUAAAUAAUUAAAUAAAAAUAAAUAAUAUUAAUAGAAAAA